AUGAGCUCUUUAGAAAAGAUAGAUCAACAAUUAAGUUUAUUAAAUCUCUCUAGAAAAGAGAUACCAAAGGAUGGUUCUUGUUUAUUUAGAUGUGUUAGUGAAUCAAUAUUUGGAACUCAGAACUAUCAUUCUAGAGUUAGAAAUCAAUGUAUAAAAUAUUUAGAAUUGAAUAGAGAUUUAUUUGAACCAUUUGCUUGUAUUCAUAAUCCAUGGGAAAAGUAUAUUCUUGAAAUGAAAAAAGAUGGUACAUGGGGUGGUGAAGUUGAAUUACAAGCAAUUUCUUUAAUUUAUGAAGUAAAUUUUAUAAUUUAUAUAGGUAAUGGUACAACAAAUGUUAAUAAUGGAUUUAAAAAAGAUAUUCAAUUAGCAUAUUGUCAUGGUGAACAUUAUGAUUUAGUCAUUGAUUCAAAGAGUUUACAAUUGUAUACCAAUUUUCAGUCAUUAGUUUAUGAAAUCCUUUACAAAGCAAUCGAUAAACAAUAUCCAUUAUUAGGUAUACCAUACUCAAAUAUACCUCUAAAAGUUUGGGAAGCUGAUGAUAAAAUAAAACAAAUUAGAGAUUCAAAAAUUGUUGAAAAAUUAUUAAAAACUCAAUCUGUUAAUAUUUUAGAUGAAUAUGAAAUAAAUAAAAAUAAAAAGAAACAAACCAAUAAUUACAAUAAUAGGAAUAGAAAUGUUAAAACAAGUAGUGAUACUAACAAUAUUGAUAAUAAUAAUAAUAAUAAUAAUAAUAAUAAUAAUAAUAAUAAUAAUAAUAAUAAAAAUCAAAGUGGAAAAAGAAGGAAUAACAAUAAUAAUAAUAAUAAUAAUAAUAUUAAUAAUAAUAACAAUAAUAGUAAUAAUAAUGAUAAAAGAGGUAAAAAUUAUUUAUUAUUAUCUACAGACUCAAAUGAAUCUAUAGAAUCUUCAGCAUCAGAGAGACAAUUAUCAACAUCAUCCUCUCCAACAAAUGAAUUGGUUGAUCAACAACAACAAGAACAACAACAAGAACAACAACAACCAGAGGAAGUUGAUGAAGAAUUAAAAGAGAUUUUCAGACAAAUUGAAUUACAAGAACUUGAAGAACAGAGAUUAAUUGGUCUCGAAAAACACUUUCCUACAUUACCUCCAUCAAAUCAUCCAAAACAAAAUAAAUUGGAAAUGUUUGAAGCUUCAAAUCAAACUACUACCACAACAUCAACUACAUCAACAACAACCACAACCAACACUUCUGGUGAUAACCCUGAAGUUGAAGAAAAACCCAUUGUUGUCCAACCACCAGUCUGGGGCAAACCACAAAAUUGGACAGAGAUUAUUUCAACUGCUGAACAACAACAACUAGAACUACAACAACAACAAUUACAACAACAACAACAACAAACUGAAAAUCAAACCUCACAAAAUGAACCUUUACAAAUAAAAUCAACCCAUAGAAACUAUAACAAUAGAAAUAAUAACUAUAGGAAUAAUAAUAAUAAUAAUAAUAAUAAUAAUAAUAAUAAUAAUAAUAAUAAUAAUAAUAAUAAUAAUAAUGGUAGUAAUAAUAGGAAUAAUAGUAAUAAUAAUAAUACCAGUCCCGAAAAUAAUAUUGGUGACAAUAAUGCUACUAAUAGAUAUAAAAACCAAAAUAACAGAAGAAAUUAUAACAACAAUGAUAAUCAACAACACAAACAACAAACCCAACCAUCCAAAUAA